AUGUCGACCACGCGCAAGGACAUCGUAAUUGUUGGCGGCGGAGGCGCGGGCUUGAUGCUCGCGCGCACGCUCCUCUCUCGCCUCGACCCCAGGAAGCACUCGCUCACUCUGAUCAACCCUCGUCCGUUCUACGUCCACCUCCCGCGCACUGUGCGCAUGGCAGUCGACGGCUCUGGACACUCUGAGAGGCGCGUUCUGCGCUCUCUGUACGACGAGUUCCGCGGCGUUAGCCCGGACUUCGCGAAGCUCAAGCUCGGCUGGGUCGCGCGUCUCGAGGGAAAGGCAUACAAGAAGGGCGGAUAUGCCGUGCUCAGCAACGAGGAACGGGUGCACUAUGAUAUCCUCGUUCUUGCACCAGGCAUGCGCCUCGACGAUCCGCUCGCGUAUCCCGAUUCGAUGGCGGGUGCCACCGCGUACAUCGACCAGUGGCGGGCCAAGUUUAAAAACGCGAAGCACAUUGUAUUCGGUGGAGGAGGUCCUGUCAGCGUUGAGAUUGCGGGAGAGAUCAAGAGUCUGUAUCCUGACAAGAGUGUCACCAUUGUACAGAGCCGCUCGCUCCCGUUCAACAGCGUCUACAACGACUCCUUCCGCAAGCGUGCCCUCAAAGUCUGCCAGUCCAUCGGCAUUGAGUUCGUUCUUGAGGACUACCUCGACGCGACUGAGCCUACCAACGGCACGGUCACGACCCGCAAGGGCAAGAUCCUCCCCGCGGAUGUAGUGGUUCACGCCACAGGAGGUACACCUGCGACGGACUUUGCCCGCUCCUUAGGCCCGACGGCGGUCAGCGAGCGCGGGAUGAUACCCGUUGCAUCGACCCUCGAGCUACCCGACUUCCCCGGCGUAUUCUGCAUCGGAGACGUCGUCGACAAUGCCGAGCGCAACAGGCUCAAGAAGUACAAGAAGCAUGUAUCUGUCGUGACGGACAAUCUUCUUGCUCGUCUGGACCACAAGGCGCCGAACAAGGAGUAUGGUGGCUCGGACGAGACGAUUAGCAUCUCCAUUGGCAAGGGCCACAAAGUCAAGUAUAUUGACGCCUUUGGCGGCAUUGUGCGGUCGAAGUGA